AUGGCCGCUAACGGCGCGCGAAAGGCUUCCAAGUCAGGGCUCUUGGACACAAGCGCAGUCAAAGACACAUUGAACACAGACAAGAAGAAGAUCACGUUGAAGAUCAAGAAGCCAGUGCCUAAGCCGUCAAUAGCUGGCAACUGGAAAGAGAGCGAAACUAUUAACGCCGACAACAAAGCGCCUGCACCGAGCGCGGCCUCGCCCACCGUCAAUCCUCUCGAAGAGAAGACCAUUGCUGGCUUUCCGAAUGGCCGCCCGCUGGACGACAAAGUCGACACGGUGCAGUGCAAGCACUGCCGCCGGCCAGUCUUGCGCACAUCCUCUGCUUCUCACAUACGCGAGUGUCUAAACAAGAAGCAGGAGAAGCUUAAGAAGAAGAAAGAAGCCAAGGAAGCCAAAGAUGCAGCUCUCCGCAAAGAGAAGGGAGAAGACGACGAAGGCGGUAUUGGUGCGCGCAAGUCAGCUAUCAAAGGCACGGGUAUCGACGGCGAGGGCGCAAAGAAGGGCAAGAAAAGGAAGAUUGAGGAUGGCGCGGAGAAGGGGCCGAAUGCGAAGAAAAAGAAGAAGGACGAGCCCAAAGCCAAGGGUGCAAAGCCUAAGGGGCCUGUCGAUGUUGAGAGGCAGUGUGGUGUGCCGCUGCCAAACGGUGGAUACUGUGCGAGAAGCUUGACAUGCAAGAGCCACAGUAUGGGUCUGAAGCGAGCUGUGCCUGGCCGCAGUCUGCCAUACGACAUGCUGCUUGCACAGUACCAGAAGAAGAACCAAGCAAAACAACAACGUGCUGCUAUCGACGCCAACGCCCCACUCCCAGAAGACCUCGAGCCUUCUGGCGCCGUCGACUCGGACGAAGAAAAGGACAGCAUCAUGGCCGCCCUAGCACGUCACCGUCCCCGUCCGCUCGCAACAUACACGCACGUCUCCCAGCGAUCAAAGUACCAGUACAUCCGCAUGAAGGGCAUGAUUCGUUCGGCGCUGGGCGCACCGCCGGGCGGGGGCGGUACUCUCUAUUCGGGCAUGGGCGUUGGCACAGAUGGCGUGAGCGCCAGCCGUGGACUUGCCCUGGGCAUGUUUGGAAUGGGCGGCAUGGGCAGCGGCGGUCCGAUGAGCGCGACGAACGAACAGUUCCCGCAAAGCGCUGGAUUUCCACUGAGCGCUGGACUUGACGGCGGAGCGAGUAGCCGACGGCCCAGCGUCAUGAGUGGUCUUGGAAGUGCGGGUGGUCCUAGGCAGAUACUACCGGGCCAACUUCCUGGACCUGGUGCGCAAGCGCGGAAGAGCAGCAUGGCGAGCGUUGGUGCGUCGUAG